AGUCAGAGCUAAAAGGAAGUCAAGAUGUCUGAGGGAAAGAAGAUGACCUCAAGCCGCAGGCAUCAUCUGAAGAGUUUGAUGCUUCAGAUUGCUGCUAACUGGCUGGCAGAGGAGGCCAAACAGAUUGAGGAGGCCAAGGAGGCGUACAUGGCCGAGCACUGCCCUGCCCCUGACUUCAGUGGAGACCAGGCUGCCCUCCAGGAGUUCUGCAAGAAGUUGCACCAGGCUCUGGACAAGAUCGAUGAGGAUAGAUAUGACACAGAGGCUAAAGUGACAAAGGCCGACAAAGAGAUUGAGGAGCUGAAGAUGAGAGUGAAAGAGUUGGCUGGAGUGAAGAAGCCCGCUUUGAAGAAAGUGCGCAUGUCUGCUGAUGCCAUGCUGCAGGCUCUGCUCGGAGGAAAACACAAGGUCACCAUGGAUCUGAGGUCCAACCUGAAGCAGGUCAAGAAGGAGGUCAAAGAGGAGAGCGCUGAGGCCGUGGGUGACUGGCGUAAGAACAUUGAAGACAAAGCUGACAGGAAGAAGAUGUUUGAGACUAGCUAA